AUGUCCGAAGUCCCCUUCGCCGUCAUAUCCCCAUCGGUGGUAGCAACCAUCUACCAUCGAGAACAAGGCUCACCCGACCCGUCUUUGCUUAUGUGUUACGACAAACUCGGGGGAAAGAGAUUCGGCUAUCAGUCAGGCGCUUCAGCAUCUAGUGCGCUUUCAUUCUCCGUCCUCCUACGCGAUCUGGAUCUGGGCUGGAACAUCGACUGGGCUGUGGCUUUCUUCGUCGACCACUUGGAGCAGAAAUGGGAUGAUGCUGCUGAAAUGCUGAGGAACAUACGGAUACGAGCUCAGUCACUUGAGGAUGAUGGUUUAAGAAAGGAGAUCCCAUAUCGAAUCUUCAACAAGCUGGACGAGGUGCUCUUCGCUGGGCAUCUCAAGAAUGCCGUCUUUCUCGAUAUCAGCAGCUUGGGUUGUGAUGUCUCCGGGGCUACAUAUACGCAUAGAUUGGGACCAGACCCGGACGUCAAACGCAUCUCAAUCAUUCUCAACAAGGACUCACUGGUUCGGGCAAAAGAUAUCGUCGCCGUACUAAUCCACCACAUGAUUCACGCGUACUUCCUCAUCGCUUGUGGUGGACAAAAGGAAGAAGAAGUGGACUACGGACGCCUCAGUCACGAUUUUCAUUUCGGCAAAGUCAUGCUUACCAUCAAGAAACUCUCAGCCGCUCAUGGCAGAGAGCUCACACCUCUCAACUACGGACACAGCUUACCCAAGAUGUGCUACCUGGACGAUGAAUACUACAGUCCGCGGUGGCGGGAUGAAUUGGAACAGGAAGAUAAAGAGGCAUGGUACUGCAGCCACUGCCACCACAACGUCCAAGGACCAUCGGCUCGUGAAGUAGACAAAUGGUACGACAAUAUCUGCAAGUCCCUCUUCACCCAGCCACCCAGUGUCCGUGAGCCCCUCGUCCAUACAUACAGCUCUCGACGCCACGAGCUCGAGUCAACCCGUAGAGGCACACUACCCCCGUCCACAAAGACCGUAGAGUUCCUCCACCAAGACAUCCCCAUACUUGUCGAAGCAGACAAACUCACCGAAUACCCCAGUAUCCCCAAAGCCUUCGCCAAAGCAGGCCACACCCGUUUUCUAAAACUCCCCGACGAAACCUCACCAGAAACAGUUCUUCGUUUCCUGGAAUUCCUACACACAGGCUCAUACAGCCCCUCGCCUUCCUCUUCCACUGCCAGUGACAGAAAACCCCAUGCCCCUAUCAUCACACCACCCUCCCCCACCACUGCAACGGAAACACCCCUCCUAACCGCCAUCCAAUUCGCAAACUUCGCAACCCAAAUGUCCUUUUCAGAAUGCAAAACACACGCCCUAUCCCACCUAGCCAGCCCCAUAACCUGCACCGAAGACCCCGUCGCCGUACUCACGGAAAUUUAUCGUGGCGGUUGUGAGCCAGAUGCCGAGCUUAAGAGUUGGGCGCGCGCGUUCCUUGUGGCUGUGCCGGAGUACCAGCGUCACCACGAGCAACACUGGAGCCAUAUCGAUGUUGCAGCAACGGCCUUGUCGCUCCUCGGCUUCGGUGGACGUGGACCUGGCGUCGGUGUUGGUGUGGGUGGAAGUGGUGAACCACCCAACCUCAUCAAAUUAGAAAAACCUGCGUUGCCUUACCAAGCUCGUUUUCUGGCGGCGGUGGAGGCGAGUGGGGCGUUGGAGAAUGAUGUUGUGAAAGCGAGGGCGGAGUUGGAGGCGAGGGGGUGGUAUAAUCUCUCUACGUUAGCCAUGGACGAGUGUCUAUGUGUCUUGCCUGGUGGUGCGGCGAGGACCGACGGGGGUCUGGUAUGUGAAUCAUGUCUUCAUGGGGACAUGUGUUGGCGUAAGACACCAUCUCGCGUUGGCUUUGAGCUUUCUUCAUCUUCAUCUUCUUCGUCGUCGUCUUCCUAUCACUACCAGCACCAUCUAUCCACACCUCUUCACUCACGCGACUACCGCCCUCUCUCCACCAUCCUCGACCAACAACGCCAUCUCAAAGCCCUGCGCAGAGAAAAAGAACGCGAGCUAGCCCGAGAAAAGGAGCAGAUCAAAAAGUUGGACAGGGAAAAGGAGAGAGCGAGGGAGACGAAGGAGGUAUUGGAGCUCAAGGCUGCGAGGGAGGCGUUGUUGGAGAGGUUGAGGUUUGAGUGUGGGUACUAG